UCAAAGUGUUGAGGUUAAACUGGGGUGUGAUAUCACAGUGCCAUGUCACAUGUCUCCUGAAAUCUGUGCUGUUGACAUGAAGAUCAAGUGGUUUAAGGAGACAGACUGUGUGUGUAUCUAUGAAAAAAGAGAGGUGACAGAGGCAAGGGACUACAUGAAUAAAGUAAGCCUGUUUACUGAGGAGAUAAUCAAAGGAAAUGUGUCCUUAAGAAUACAACGCUUCACAGAGUCAGAUUUGGGAGAUUAUGUGUGUCAAGUCACCAGUGAAAACAAAACAGAAGAGAUAACAGUAAGAGUUAUAGAUACUACACAUACAUCUGACUCAAAACAAGAAGAAAAGCAGAUCACAGAGAAAGAAGAACCCAAAGACACAAAUGCUAUUUGGCGUAUAGCAGCUGGAGCGUUAGUAGGUACAGUAUGUGCACCAAUAGCAGCAGUAGCACUAACAGGUGCAGCAGCGGUAGGAGCAGUAGGAACAAUAGGAUUGGCAGUAGGAGCAGCAGUAGGAGCAGUAGAAGCAGUGGCAGCAGGAACAACAAGAGAAGGAGCAGAAGGAAGAGAAGGAGCAGAAGCAGUUGAUCAUAAAAAAAUCACUUUCUUGAAAAUAGACAGAAGAUGGAGUGAACAGGAAAGACAAGAAAUGGAAAGAUCUUCUCUAUUGACAGAGUUGCAUAACAAUUCUGAGCAACUUGAUGACACAAAGAGAUGUCUAGAAGAAAAAGAAAAUAAGAUUAAAGAUUUGGAGAUGGACAGAAGUAUACUUGUUAAAGAAAAGGAUGAACUACAAAAGACAAUUCAGUGGAAGGACAAGAUAAUAGAGGAGAAAGAUAAACGUCUCCAAGAAACUAAUGAAAAACUGUCACAAACAACCAGAGAGCUUGAAGAAAAACACAAUUUUAUUAUGGAGAAAAACACACAACUAGAAAAUAUGAAAAAAAUUAUAAGUGAUAAUGAGAGACAACUGAAGGAGACAAAGAAAGAGAUGGAAACCAGAAAAAAUAAGCUGGACACACUGAGAACUGAGCUACAAACACAUUUCAGACAACUACAAGAAGAGUUACAGACACUUAAACAGGAGCCAUCUUCACACACAGCUGUUCGAAGAAGAAACAGCAAAGACAAGAUUGAACCAACAAUGAGCGGAGAAACAGCUUCAGUGUUGGUUUCUGGAUCAGAGCUCAGGUUGGUUCUGCUGGGGAGUGCUGGAUCUGAGAAGAGUGCAUCAGUAAACAUCAUCCUGAACAGAGAGGAGAAGAUCCAGACUGAUACAUCAACAGAGAUCCAGCAGAGUGAGAGCAGACAGGGGGAGGUGAAUGGGAAGCAGGUGACUGUGGUGGAAACUCCUGACUGGUUUUGCUCUGGUCUCUCUCUGGAGGAGGUGAGACCAGAUGUGGGACUUUGUGUCCGUCUGUCUGCUCCAGGACCUCACGCCUUCCUCCUGGUCAUACCAGUACAACAAUCUACUGGAGUAGAGAGAGCAAUGCUGGAGAAAAUGGAGGAGAUUUUUGGGGAGAGAUGUUGGAGGAACACCAUAAUCCUUUUUACUGUUACUGAUAAAGAACAAGAGAAGAACAUUGAGGAUUUUGUCCAGUCAGGGAAUCAGGAGGUCCAGAGACUUGUGGAGAAAUGUGGGAACAGGUUUCAUUGUCUCAACAUUCAUCAGAGUGGAGAUGAUUCACAGAUCUCAGAGCUUCUGGAGAAGAUUGAGAAGAUGGUGGAAGGAAACACAGAGAAAUUUUACAGCAGUAAGAUCUACCAGACUGAAAGACUUUUGAUAGAAAGAGAGAAAUUUAGUACAGUACAGAAGAUUUUACAUAAAUUAAAAGAUAUAGUUGGUAGUAUAGAGGGCUGUACUGAGCUUGAAGAGUUAUUAACAUGAUAAAUAAAGGAUAAUCUCCUUUGGCAGCACACUGUUUUAGAGGUAACUAGAAAGUUCAGAUGAGUACAGAUCAGUGGCAAGGCCAGUAAGUUUAAACUGAGUGGACCUCUGUGAAAUAGUGUGGACCUCAAUGCCUACCAUCAAAUUACAUAUAUAGCAAUUAAACAGAUUACAUUACGUUUUUUUUUUUUUUUUUGAGUCAUGGGUCAAAUAAAAAGACAUAACUGACUGGUAUUUGAAGAUAAUUUUGGGUGUAUGUGUCCUGUCAAGCAAGGAGACAUUAUGUGUUUGCGUGCUUUUUAAAACGUGCGUCUGUGUCCAUCUGUGUACUGUAUGUGUGUGUGUGUUUGUGUGCACAGAAAACAGCUUACUUUAACAUCUCCUUGCGCUCAAACUGUUUAAAAUGGCUUGAAUGUUAACAUUUGCAAGGUUUAGAAACACAUGCAAAUUAUAAAACUUUCUAUAUAAAUAGUCUAGUUAUUUCUGAAUGGGUAUUUGAACAAUUAUUAUUAAAGACAUUAUAAUAAUUUAUGAUUUCUUCUGCUUUUCCACAAAAAAUAUUUUGCAUCUCCUCCGACUGGGUGGGCCAGCCGUCAUUCUGAGUGGCCCAGUGACACCUUGGCCCUUAUGUAGCCUAGCCACUGGUAAAGAUACAAUAAUAUCAGAGCAUAGUUAAGACUAAUAACAGAAAGCAGUCUGAUGUGUAACCUGUGUUCAACAUUGCCCAAGAUAUUUCUGUAACAACAUCCAACUUCUGUGUAUUUUAAAUCAUUUAAACAAUUAGGCCUACUCAAUUUAAUUUACUUUUAAAAACUUACAAGUAUUUUUCAUAGCACAAAAAAUUGUAUUAGAAAAUAGAAUAUGACAAGUAUUUUUUCUGUAAUAGUUAACUUGUAAUUACAAAAUGU